UCGUAGCCAACGCUGCUGAUGCUAGAGAUGUCCAUUGUUUGUGUAGUAGAUUUAUUAUGCUUUGUGCUACGCCAACUAGAUAAUGAAAUUCGUAUCUCCAACUGAUGCCGCCGUAGGCCUCCAAAGCUUUCUAGGAUAUUUAUUAUCGCGCUUCCACAUCAACAUUACAUCUCCUAUCAUACAUUCAUAGCAUCACCUGCCCGUAUACACUACAAUGGAGCGCUUGACAUUCGUCUACGGCGACGAUGACAGCGAUGACAACGCGCCGGCAGAGAAACAGCCCUUCGAUGUUAUACUAACUAGCUUCGAAACCAAAGUAGUCAACGUCUUCCGCCGAUAUCUCCAAACUGGAGAUGAAUCAGAAGAUAGCUUGAGCUUAACUAGCGCAGCACAGGCCAUCAUAGACCUACUUCCGGAUCCCCCAGAGCCACGAGGAUGGUCAAUGGAGCUCACAGUAUUUUGGGAGUUGUGUAUCGACACCGCCGCGCAGAUCCCCUACUACCACAUUUGCCAGAUGAAGCUGGCACGACUCCUUCUCGCCCUACGGCAUUCACCUAAGACUGCAUUUACUGUUAUUUGGGAUCGGUCUAGGGAUAUUAAAUUUACGUAUGAAUUCAAUCUCUUGAAUGAGACGAGUCGCGAUUACUACAACCCCGCUUUCGAGCCUCAAUAUUCCGACGCGGAUUCAACUCCCGAAGAUGGCCGGCGCUGGGUCAACACAGUCGCAUUUUAUGCCCAUAUGUAUGCUCUGAGCGGUGGGACGCAAUUCUCUACAUAUUGCACUUGGACUAUGCGUGAUGCGUUCAUGUCUACACCAUCUACCGACUAUGACGCUCUGGACUGUCAUAUAUCUGCCGCUGCACAGUGGAUAUUAUGUACAGGACAGAAUAUUUUCUCAGCCAUCCUAAUCCCCCCAGAGGAGGAACAUAGUUUGGUGAUAUCUAGAGAACCUUGGACGCUAGACGAUUGGCAUCGCUGGAAGGCUGGGUUUGCAGCGGCAGAAGGAGAAGAGCAUCUGCAGCAGGAAACCAGACAGCUUGCAAAGAAAUCUAUCAUUCUGAUGGAAGCACUCGAGGCUACUAUGAUAAGUGGUCAGCGUAUGACUGGAGGAUAGCUUUGCCUGGCUAGGCUAUAGAGUAAGCACUCUUUAACCGAGAGGGGAUAAUAAAAACAAUAGAGGUUUCUUAUAUAGGGGGCUUCGUGAUAGGGGGUAAGGAAUGUAAGACCAUUAGGUACACUUGUUCGGUAAAUCUGCGCACUAUGCAAACCGUGAACUCUUUGGAGGCUAUAAAAGUCAAAGCAACCAAAGAGCUUGAAAUAACUGGGAAAUAAAUGGCAAAUGGGUAGUAACUAAUUGACUUUCGAUAAAGACUCG